AUGAACUACUCAUGGGGUAAGAAAGGAGGCGAGAGUUUGGUUGGCACCUUGGGCAUCGACGGAAAGCACAUGGACGCCAUUGACGGCUCUCAGCCCUACGCUGAGGUUUCUCAUCCUCUUUCCUUUCCGAAUCAGGCUUCGGUUUUCAGUUGUGGAUGGGAACUCACCAAAAUGGACCUUCCAAAAACGCAGAAACAGGAAAACUUUUAUCAGAUGAGCUCUCUGUCGAGCCAAGUCUUCAUGGAGCCGAAGAAACUUGUAUUCCAACAUGCACUUAAUUCGAAGAAUGGUUUCUUUUAGCUGAGCUUUCGUAUCUUUUCAAAGUUUUAUCUGUUGCUGGUCCUCUUUCCAUUCAAAUACAUCCAACAAAGGUGAGCUUUCAACAUGUUAAUGAAAAAAGGUUUUUUUUUAAAGGAGCAAGCAAAAAUACUACACUCGAAAGAUCCCAAAAACUACUCGGACGCCAAUCAUAAACCAGAAAUUGCAAUCGCACUCACCGAUUUCGAGCUUUUGAGUGGCUUUCGUUGCCAUUCAGAAAUUGCUGCGAACUUGCAAGGUUUCUAAUUUUUCCCUUUUUUUUUUCGAAAGAAAUCACUUCUUUUUUAAAAGGGUUUCCCGAAAUUUUGGAACUUUUCGGCAAUAAUGAGAAAGCGGCUUUGUCUUCACUGGCCGAAUCACCCAGCCCAUCUUCUCUGCGAGUGGUUUUUUCCAAGAUUUGGAAAACCGACUCAAUCGAAAUUGGAAAAAUUGUCGAAAGAAUUUAUAACAGAGUAAAAGGUGGUUUUUGUGUUAGACAGCAAAAAUGGCUUCCUUUUUUUUUUAAGAUGACGCGACAGAUCUUCAUUUCAUAAUAGCUCGAUUGGCAAAACUUUUUCCAGGUUUUCAUUUACAAAUUUUUUUUUAAAAUCUUUUGAGCGUGGCUCCAAUACACUUUUUUUCGUUUUCUGAAAACCUCAGUAACUGUUUCGAGCAAACUGGUACUUUUUUUUUGCAGGCGACGUUGGCGCUUUAGCUCCAAUUUUCCUCAAUUAUUUCAAACUGAAACCAGGAGAAGCGACUUUUCUUUCUCCCAACAUGCCACAUGCCUAUCUGUUCGGAGGCGAGUUGCGAAUCAUUUUUCUCUCAUCGAAUUCACGUUCAGACUGCGUUGAGUGCAUGGCAUGCAGUGACAACACGAUCCGUGCUGGUCUCACCCCCAAGUUUAUCGACGUCGAGUUGGUUUCCUCUAUUUCCACCAGGAGAAAUACUUUUAGGUCUCUUGUCGAAAUGCUCAACUACUCGGAAACGCUGCUUCCGAAAUACGUGCCAACGAUUCUUCCUAACGGAAGUCGUCUCUUCACGCCGCCCGGAGUAGACGAGUUUUGGGUUCAGGAAGUCACGGUUUGCGCUUUUUCAAGUUUUGAUCGGAGAUUAUGCUUUUCUGCUGCUGUUCAAAAUUGUGUCAGUUUGAGUAAAUCUUUCUUUUUUCCAGUUGAAUGUCUCCGAAAAGUUCGAGUUUGAUUACACGGACAGCUCUUCGAUUUUAGUAGUUAUCAAUGGAGCUGCCAGUGUUUCUCUAGGUUCUUUAUUUUUUUAUGAAUCGACAAUUUCAUAUUGAAGGCGAAAAGUCUCUGCGUCUCGAUAAGGGACAAGUCGUGUUUGUACGACCGACUAGCGGCUCCUCUGAACGCGUUUAUCUGGAAAAUCCUUCCGACGCCUUUCUCGCCUACAGAGCUUUCACCCCUAUGAGAAAAUUCCUGAAACUUCGGGAUAACUGA